AUGGGGAAGGCUCUAUUGGAAAAAUUGAAACCGUCCUCGUCGGCAGCCACCUCCGUUAGCUCGACAACGUCUUCGACGUUGGUGACGGAGUCGGAAAACGGGUCUCACCAGUUCAAGAUAACGGGGUAUUCGUUGUCUAAAGGUUUGGGGAUCGGAAAGUACAUAGCUUCCGACACGUUCAUGGUGGGUGGAUAUUUGUGGGCGAUCUAUUUUUAUCCCGAUGGAAAUAGCCCCGAAGAUAAUGCCACCUACGUUUCGCUGUUCAUUGCUUUGGCAAGCGAAGGGACCGACGUUAGGGCGCUUUUUGAGCUCACACUCUUAGACCAAAGCGGUAAAGAACGACAUAAGGUGUAUAGCCAUUUUGGGAGGACGCUUGAGAGUGGGCCUUAUACGCUUAAGUAUCGCGGGCAGCAUGUGGUAAGAGUUUUCAUCUCUCUCUCUCUCUCUCUGUGGUGGAUUCAAUUGCGUUUUAGAAUAGCGAACCCCUUUGGAUUGAUUAAUGUAUUGGUGGAUUAUGGGGCUUGA